AAAGCCUCCAUCGUCAUAAUUAUUACCUGAACAACAAUUGUACCCUUCUCUAGGCGAAGACUGAACCCUAAAGGUUGUCAACUGAAAGCCAUGAAUAAUACAAGUCAUUCUAACACCACUCUUGUCGAAGAAGAAUUCGAUGAUGGGCACGGCGAAAACUUGAAAGAGGUCGAUAGAAUAAUUAUGAUCGGUGCAUACGCCUUUAUUUGUCUGUUUUCGCUGGUGGGAAACUCGCUUAUCAUACAUCUCGUGCGCACCCGCAACAACAUUCGAAAGAACGCAUUUAACUGGCUUCUCUUCAACACGGCUGUUGCUGAUCUCCUGGAUGUGACAACUUCCACUGCCUUCACGUUGCCAGUUUUCUUCUGUGGAGACUGCUGGAUAUCAGGGGUUGUAGGGUCCAUCCUAUGCAAACUCACUCCUUUCCUGUCUGUCGUCUCCAUCUGUGUGUCCAUCUGGACUCUCACUGUCAUUGCCGCUGACCGGUAUUUGGCUAUCGUGUGUAUCCGAAGAAGGCCGUUAUCACCUCGAUCGGUGGUGCGCUCUAUAGUCAUCGUGUGGUUGCUUGCAAGCUUGAUAUUUAGUGGGGAACUUCAUAAACAUAAAUUGAUAGAGGAAGAAGGUGAGUCUGCCGAGUGUACCACUGAAUGGCACGAAAACAAAGAGCUCGCACAAAUUUUCGAGGAAGCAGAUAUGAUCGGUAAAGUCGUCCUCACUUAUGCAAUACCACUUUUUAUAAUGGCGGUCUUGUACUCGUCAAUUGCAUACUUCCUGUGGAAACAAAGACCACCUGGAACUGUCAAUCAAGAAGCGUAUACCAGGCAAAAGAAGAAGCGCAAUGCAAUCAUUAAGAUGUUGCUUAUGGCAGUUGCCGUGUUCGCCAUUUGCUGGCUUCCUGCACAUGUCGCCCACAUAAUGACAAUCUUUUAUGGCGACAUUUACGAUAAUAUUCCCAUAGUUGUCCAUGGGCUGUUUUUCUGGUUUGCGCAUGCCAAUGCAGCAAUUCAUCCCUGGCUAUUCAUUGCCUUUAGCGAAAAUCUGUGGAGUGAAGUGAAAGGAAUCUUUUACUAUUUAAGAAAAAGAGGCCCUUUUAAGAAAACUCAGUCAAGAACCUCGUCACAGCCAAGUUUGAUUACAAAUGUUGAGUUGGCGGGUUCCCGAGAAAUCGCUCAAUCUCGAUCUCCCGUCAACAUCAGUACAAUCAGUUUGGAUACCAGAUUGUGAGAGGGAAAGCUGUUAAAUGUACUUUUCAAGAUAAUUUAGAAAGUCCUCAAGUGCUUCUCAUUACAUCAGAAU